AUGAUGAGCGCAGCAGCUCUGCCCAUUCCUCGAAGACAUUCUGCACACGCCCUGACGGCUCAGCUGCUGAGCCCCAAGGAGAAGGCUUGUGAUGGCAGCCAUGCCCACAGGCACCAGCAGCACCGAACAUCUGGCUCCCGGCCCAACAGCGAGGUCCACCUGAGACCAGUGGACACGUGCACAGACCACCAUCUGAAACGGCCUCCCCGCCACCUGCGUGACCUCAGUGUACCUGGCGAUCUCACGUCCUCGGUGAAGGAAGGUCCCGGCUGCCCUCACGGCUUUCUGCUGAGUUCCCACCACAGAUUCCCGUCACGACUGCCUGGAAGGACUCUCCAGACGGGUGUGGAGCAGGGCUCGGUGGGGCCCGAGAGAGUGGGCCCCCUGGGCCGCUCCAGUGGCACCUUGGCCUUGAGUACUCCAAUGGCCAUGAGGCCGAACGGGUCUCCAGAGGAGAGCAAGGAGGAAGAUGCCAGGAGAACAGAGCGGAAGCCCACGGCCAAACAUGCUUUCAAAGACAUCUCUGUAUACUUCUCCAAGGAAGAAUGGGAAGAGAUGGGAGAAUGGGAAAAAAUCCGAUAUAGGAAUGUGAAAAGAAACUAUGAAGCGCUGAUUGCUAUAGGUUUCAAAGCCACUCGACCGGAUUUCAUGCAUCACCGCAGGCAGGUCAUCAAACCCCAGGUAGAUGACACUGAGGAUUCUGAUGAAGAAUGGACACCAAAGCAGCAAGGUAAACCUUCUUCAAUGGCCUUCAGAGUGGACCAUAGUAAACACAAGAAGAGAAUGUCCAGGGCACCAUUAAAUAAGGAAUCUAGUUUGAAGGAAUUGCCGGGAGCAGCAAAAUCACUGAAGACAAGUGGCUCCAAGCAGGCUCAGAAACCAGUGCCCCAUCACAGAAAAGCAAGGACCCCUGGACAGCACCCCAGACAAAAAGUCGAACUCAGAGGAAAGGAGACUGGAGAGAAGAGGUACAGUUUACGAGAAAGAAAGGGCCACGUGUACCAAGAGGUCAGCGAGCCCCAGGAUGACGACUACCUCUAUUGUGAGGAGUGUCAGAAUUUCUUCAUCGAGAGCUGUGCUGCCCAUGGACCCCCAAACUUUGUAAAGGACUGUGCAGUGGAAAAGGGGCAUGCCAACCGCUCAGCCCUCAUUCUGCCCCCUGGGUUAAGCAUCAGACUGUCGGGCAUCCCUGAUGCUGGGCUUGGAGUGUGGAACGAGGCAUCCGAUCUGCCGCUGGGCCUGCACUUUGGCCCCUACGAGGGCCAGAUCACAGACGAUGAAGAGGCCGCCAACAGUGGAUACGCCUGGCUGAUCACCAAAGGGAGGAACUGCUACGAGUAUGUGGAUGGAAAGGACACGUCUUGGGCCAACUGGAUGAGGUAUGUGAACUGUGCCCGGGACGACGAGGAGCAGAACCUGGUGGCCUUCCAGUAUCACGGGCAGAUCUUCUACCGAACCUGCCAGGUGGUCAGGCCGGGCUGUGAGCUGCUGGUCUGGUACAGGGACGAGUAUGCUCAGGACCUUGGCAUCAAGCGGAACAGCAGGGGGAAGAGUGAGCUCAGCCCAAGAUCCACCCAUGUGCCUCCUGCUCUCUGGCCUUCUCCAGUCAGAAAUUCCUCAGCCAACACACCCAGCGCAGUCAUCCGUUUCAGACCCUCCUGA